GAACUCAGUGGGUCGGACGCAGCCAUGGCGGAGGGAGGCGAGGGAGAGGAGCUGCUCCGACCGCCGCUGCCCGCCGCGGGGUCGCCGGGCCCCAAGCGCCUGUGCUCGCGGGUGGUGGGGGCGGCGACGCUGCCUCGAGCCGGGGUCUACCCGGGAGGUCCCGUCGGAACGGCGGCGACGGGCGGGGGCUGCGGCGGAGGCGACGGCGGGACGCGCGGCUGCUGCCCCCCGGGCGGGCCGGGCACGGGGCCUGGCUGCGGGCCGGAGGGGGCGCUGCUGCCCCUGCUGCAACCCGAGUCGCUGCUGGACGCGGCAGCCAAGCGGGUGGCAGGCAGCUGGGCCUUCGAGCGGGUGGAGGGCCGCUUCCAGCGCAUCCCGGAGCCCGUGCAGCGCCGCAUCGUCUAUUGGAGCUUCCCCCGCAGCGAGCGUCAGAUAUGCAUGUACUCCAGCUUCCAGCCCGGCCGACCCAGCGGCAACGGGGCAUCCGGCAGCGCCUCGGCAGCCGCGGCCGGCGGUGGGACGAACAUCGGAGUCGGAGGAGAGGAGAACCCGGCGGCCGUCCCUGGUCCAGCUGUUCCCUCGGGGGCGUCCGGCCCGGCCCCUUUGCCGGCCGCCGCCAGCGCCGCCAUCUCCGAGGGGCUCCCGUUCCGCAGAGGCAUCCGCCUCCUGGAGACAGGCGCCGUGGAUAACGUGCUUCAAGUGGGAUUCCACCUGAGUGGCACUGUGACAGAAGCAGCAACUGCAACUGAGCCAGAAAUGACCUACAAAGUGGCCAUCAGCUUUGACCGGUGCAAGAUAACAUCUGUGACAUGUGAUUGUGGGAACAAGGACAUUUUCUAUUGCGCUCAUGUUGUGGCACUCUCCCUCUACAGGAUUCGCAAGCCUGAUCAGGUCAAACUUCGUCUUCCCAUAUCAGAGACUCUUUUUCAAAUGAAUAGGGACCAGCUCCAAAAGUUUGUUCAGUAUUUGAUUACAGCUCACCACACUGAAGUGCUCCCAACAGCCCAGAAAUUGGCUGAUGAAAUCUUGUCCUCCAACUCUGAAAUCAAUCAAGUGCAUGGUGCUCCAGACCCUACUGCAGGAGCCAGUAUUGAUGAUGAAAAUUGCUGGCAUUUGGAUGAGGAACAGGUUCGAGAGCAGGUGAAGCUGUUCCUCUCCCAAGGAGGGUACUAUGGCUCUGGGAAGCAACUCAAUUCCAUGUUUGCUAAGGUCCGUGAAAUGCUGCGCAUGAGAGAUUCUAAUGGAGCUAGGAUGCUGACGCUGAUAACAGAGCAGUUCAUGGCAGAUCCACGUCUUGCUCUCUGGAGACAACAAGGAACAGGCAUGACUGACAAAUGUCGACAACUGUGGGAUGAGUUGGGGGCCCUAUGGGUGUGUGUUGUAUUAAAUCCACACUGCACACUAGAAGAAAAGGCAUGCUGGCUGCGACAGCUCCGGAAGUGGGAUGACAUGGAUAUUUGUCCACUGGAAGAUGGAAACUACAGCAAUGAACUUCCCAACAUCACUAGUGCACUUACUCAGAGCUCUAGUCACAGGCAAAGCUCUUUAACAAGGCCACGGCGCACAGUAUUCACUCGUGCCAUUGAAGGCUGUGACCUCCACUGGCAGGACAGUCACCUCCAGCGAAUAAUCAGCAGUGAUUUCUACAUUUCUCCAUCUUACCCCAGGGAGGGUGAGGGCCUUCUUUUCAACUCACAAGGACAACCGUUGUGGCUGGAACAUGUCCCAACUGCUUGUGCCCGGGUUGAUGCCCUACGGUCCCAUGGAUACCCCAAGGAGGCUCUCCGUCUAACUGUGGCCAUAAUCAACACGCUGAGACUGCAGCAACAGAGGCAGCUGGAGAUAUACAAGCAUCAGAAGAAAGAACUAUUGCAAAGAGGAGCAACCACCAUCACAAACCUGGAAAGCUGGGUAGGACAUCCUCUCAAUCCGAUUGGCUGCUUAUUUCUCACUUUGACAGAAGCAUGUCGAAUAGAGGAUGAAAACAGCCUUGAUAUUUCAGAUGCUGGUGAGUCAAAGCCUCCAGUGUAUCAGCAUGUGCCUGUGGCCAACAAUUGCCCUGAGAGUGGGGAAUCCUACCUAUCUCUGGCUUUGGAAGUGGCACUGAUGGGGAUGGGGCAGCAACGGGUGAUGCCAGAAGGCCUUUAUGCACAAGACAAAGUGUGGCGUAAUGAGGAACAGAUUAUUGCCUGCCUGCAAGAGCUGGAGCUUGAUGCUGUGUUGGUGCAGACCCUACGCAAGCAGUGCAUUCUGCUUCUGGAAGGUGGUCCCUUUAGUGGCCUUGGCGAAGUCAUCCACCGGGAAAGUGUACCUAUGCACACUUUUGCAAAGUACCUCUUUUCUGCCUUACUGCCCCAUGAUGCUGAUCUGGCCUACAAGCUGGCAUUGCGGUCCAUGAGGCUGCCGGUUUUGGAGACAACUCCCUCAGGUGAUGUCACACAUCCUCACCACAUUGUUUCAGUGGUCCCUAGCAGGUAUCCCCGUUGGUUUACUCUGGGGCACUUGGAAUCACAACAGUGUGAACUUGCUUCCACUAUGCUGACAGCAGCCAAAGGUGACAUGCUGCGUCUACGGACUGUCUUAGAAGCAAUUCAGAAGAACAUCCACUCCUCUUCCUUGAUCUUCAAACUGGCUCAGGAUGCUUUUAAGAUUGCCACACCUGCUGAUAGUAAUGCUGAUACAACACUACUUAAUGUGGCACUGGAGUUGGGGCUACAAGUGAUGCGCAUGACCUUAUCAACAUUGAACUGGAGACGGAGGGAGAUGGUGCGAUGGCUGGUGACCUGUGCUACAGAAGUUGGUGUCCGGGCCCUGGUCAGCAUCUUGCAGAGUUGGUAUUCACUCUUUACCCCUACUGAAGCAACUAGCAUAGUAGCAGCAACAGUGAUGUCCCACAGUACCAUCCUCCGCCUCAGCUUGGACUAUCCACAGCGAGAAGAACUGGCUAGUUGUGCUCGCACGCUGGCCCUGCAGUGUGCCAUGAAGGAUCCGCAAAACUGUGCGCUCUCGGCUCUUACCCUCUGCGAGAAGGACCACAUUGCUUUUGAGACUGCUUACCAAAUUGUUAUAGACGCUGCAUCCACUGGCAUGACUUAUUCCCAACUCUUCACCAUUGCACGGUACAUGGAGCACCGCGGGUACCCAUUACGGGCCUUCAAGCUGGCCUCGCUUGCCAUGACACACCUCAACCUAGCCUAUAACCAGGACACACACCCUGCCAUCAAUGAUGUGCUUUGGGCAUGUGCACUCAGCCAUUCCCUUGGUAAGAAUGAGCUGGCCGCUAUUAUUCCAUUAGUAGUGAAGAGCGUGCACUGUGCCACAGUGUUAUCGGACAUUCUGCGCCGCUGCACCAUGACGGCGCCAGGCCUUGCUGGCAUCCCUGGCCGCAGGAACUCUGGGAAACUGAUGUCAACGGACAAAGCACCUUUGCGCCAACUGCUGGAUGCUACAAUAAGCGCUUACAUCAAUACCACACACUCCCGUCUUACCCACAUCAGCCCACGGCAUUAUGGGGAGUUUAUUGAGUUUCUGAGCAAAGCUCGGGAGACUUUCCUGCUUGCUCAGGACGGCCACAUUCAGUUUGCGCAGUUCAUAGACAACCUUAAGCAGAUCUAUAAGGGCAAGAAAAAGCUUAUGUUGCUAGUGCGAGAACGAUUUGGUUGAACUUCUGCGUUAGGAGAAAAAGGGAAGAAGAAACCCCGAUCGUUGUUGGUGGAAUCAUGCUUAUCAGGCAAGACUAACUGUAGUGUUCAUCGUAGAAAAAUCUCCCAAUUCUUUUGAGGAACAUAUACCAAAAGUAGCAUGACAGGAAGAGUUUGCUUCCCAAUGACCACUUACUUGCAAACACUUCAGCAAUACCAAAAGGCUAACUAGGAAACUGAAUACCUCUUUCCCAAGCAGCAUGGUGGAUGGAGGCAGAAAAGCAGCCAAUAUGGAAGCACAUUACUCAGCCUCUUGCGCUGCCAUCUGUGUUCUCAGCUGGCGGGUUUUGAGAUGUCCAUCCUGCCAUAACUGGCAUCACCAUUUAGUGCAGCCUUCUCCAACCUGGUACCCUCCAGAUUUGCCAGACUUCAAACUAUUUGCUUGGCUGGGGAAUAGGAUGAGUUGACUCCAGAGUAACUGGGGCGAGGGAAGGAGGGGAAUAGGCUGGGGGGGUGGUUGGUUUAGUAUGUGUGCAAGUGCGUGCGUAUGAAAAUCCUUAAUUAAAAAAACCUAAAGUUUAACGGUUCUCAGGGAUUGCUUUACUAAAAGUAACAGAAGCAUUUAUGAUACUGUAAAUACAAUAGUAUAUGUGUCCAUUAUUAAAUUGUAAAGUUCAAAUUAUUUAUAAUUAUUCUUUUUGUUUUGUUUUGUUUUUGUUUGUUGGGGGAUACUUGAAAUGUGUUGUGGGCUGGGCUAAGCAUUUCCAAACCUGAGAAAUAUGAACAUUUCUCAGGUUUUAUCCCAGCAUUGUUGGCAAAAAAAAAUAAAAAUGGAUGGGGUAAACAAGCUAUAAACAAUAGCUUGAUCAGACCUACCACAACACACAACCUUGGAAGAGAGGAGACCAAGGUGGCAACCACAAAGCCAGAUACACCUCAACAUUUCAAGGCCAUCAGGGUGUGGACUUGGCCCGCUGGCUAUAAGCCACAGCACAUUACUUGACUCUGCUAUUUCGUACCAUGGUU